UAAUAAUUUUGUUCCUUACGACAUGUUCAUAUAUACUCCAGAUGGUCCGACCACAAAGCAGAUGACAACAACGACACAACCGACAACCACACCGAUGGCAACAACGACACAACCGACAACCACACCGAUGGCAACAACGACACCACCAAGACAAUUGGAACAUGUGUGUAAAAAUCAUUUCAAGCACCUGGACUGUACACCGGAAAAUGUCGUCAUCUGCAGCGCCUUUUACGGGCGGAAUGACAGCACCAUAUGUCCAAGUGACGACGCCAAUACCUCCAACAUGUGUUUCGAAGAUGUUACGGAUCUCGUGCAAGGCAGAUGGUGCAGAAACAAGCCAAGCUGCUAUGUUCAUGGGCGAGGUUAUCUGCUUGACCACCCAUGCCUUUCGAACCCUGAGGCCUACUUGCAAGUCACAUACACAUGUGGUGCUGGGCAAUGUGCUGACACCAUCCCUUCAGUUGUGACUCAGUGUCCUUCAAACUUUAAUACGACUGUGCCCGUUGGCCAAACGAUAACAUUCGUUUCAUGGAACAUUCCAUCAGGAAUAGAUGACUCCGGCACGAAGUAUCAAGUCGUUCCUUCUCGCGGACCGGGUGUGUUCUUCCUAGGAAUACAUGAUAUUACGUACACGUUCACGGAUCCAAGUGAAAAUGAAUGGUAUUGCACGUUCAGAGUUAUUGUAGUUCAACGCUGAGUUGAUCCUGAUGUUGCUGUCGUCCCUGGCCACGACGCAGGGUCCAGUAGUGAUUACAAUUUAAUAAUUGAGUAAAUUAAGCAAUAUGAAACUGCACUAGGUAACCCAAUGGUGACAACAAGGGAAAUUCAACGUGCAUGAUAGUCGAAUGGCAUUAUUUGUCUAUAGUGUCAUAUAAGCAUUACACAGACUUUCAUAAGAAAACAGGGCAUCUUUCAAGGCUCAUUUAUUAUACAAAUAUACACUGCCUUGAGAGGUUCUGGUUGAAACUAUGCGCAAGAGGUGACUCCAA